ACACUCGAGAGAAGUCUCGGGCCACAGUCAGUCGCUAGAGAAGUCAGCGGAGUCAGUAGUGAGGCAACUCCGCAGCCGUGGCGUAGUUCAUCAGGCACAUCUCGGGUGCAGCGAUAGAAUUAUUUCCGACCCUUUUCGCCGUUAUCAAUGUUUGUCUGUUCUAAUCACUGACGACGCUCUCAGACCUCGUGCCUCCGAAGCUGCAGUACCGCGUAUCAUGAGUGAACUCUGAUCAUCGCAACCGUCCCUAAUAAUAGCCGCCGAUGCGUCUGUGGAGCGCCUGCUGCAUUGGCCCGCCGACAACCUGAGCGCAGAGGCACCUGUCGAACCAAGUGUAUCGGUGUUUGGUAAUUCCCGUGACAGACCAUGUGAGGAUUUAUGCUGUUUUCAGGGAGAUCUUUGCGCGCUCCAUUCUCCCGUAGCGAAGACGGUGAGCGGAAUUUGACGGAGGUCAACUUCUGUGCGGGCAAGGUGAAGAGACUGAGGAAUCCGAAGGUGACUGGUUCGGGAUUGACGUACCUUACGAGGCUGAGAAAAUAAUUAAAAUUUACACAAUGUGUAAUCUAUGGUGAACGUUUAUAUCUAUGCGUCGUGCAAUGACGACGUUUUUUUGCUGCGGUCAACGCGUGCUGACGGUUAUUCAGUUAUAAUCAGUUAUAGACAGUUGUAAUCAGUUGAUGUAUUACACGGAUGUCAUGGUUGAAAACUGACACGUGAUGCCUCUGCCCUCUUCUCCGAAUCCUUUAACAUCGUCAUAAUUCAUUCGCAUAUUCCGAUAUGGACAUUGGAUAAUGUAUCAAUAACUGGGUGUGUUUGAAUCGAUGAGAUUGAUCGGCACGAUCACGAUCCAUCACUGCUUCAGCUGAAGAAAUCGAAACGAUUUUUUGUAUAAAUGACGGGAUGAUCUGGCAGUUGAUAAAUUAAUUCUUGAUGCACCGAAGAGGACGCUUUAUAAAUUCAGCAGCUCUUCUGCUGGCAAAGAAUGUUGAACAGUUUCUAAUUAUUCGCCAACUUGGAAAAAGUCUUUCGCAUAUGAGACUGACCACGAAAAGUUCCAGCGAGGGAAAUGAUGCAUGGUGUAAACACUAUAGUUAUUAUCCGCGGUAAUUAAUUAUCGUUGCUGCGAUAAACGAUCUGCUGGUGAAAUAACGAGUAAUGCAUUUGACUUGCCUGCAGUUAUUGGUGAAUAGACAAAAGACUGGACAGAUUUGGCGACUCAGUUUUACUCGCUGAAAAUCAGGAAGUUGGAUAGAUAUCGUUGUUUUCAGGCUGCAUACCUGACAUAAUCAACCGUUAUUAAAAUGAAAAACUAAUAAUAUAGAUACAUUACACCGAGACGCUGGCCAGCCCAAGUUAAUGGCGCGAUUUUUCUAGCUAUUUAGAAACUCCUGUUUCUAAACUUGGUUGAGGAUUACCCUCGUAUAUUACCACAGCCAAGUUAAGCCAAGGCAGUAGGUAAACGAAAUGGAUUGGUACAGGAAAUUGCGUCGAAGACGUCGCGCAGCGCCCGAUGAUGAUCUUGAGACCGCAACUGAGCGAUGGGAACGUUGGAAAAGUAUAAAUGUCAUUUACUUCACAAUGUUCUUAAUGUCGCUUGGCUUCAGCAUCAUUCUCACAGGAGUUUGGCCCUAUUUAGACCAGCUAGAUCCUACGGCUGGAAAAGAGUUCAUGGGGUACGUCGUGGCUGCAAAUCCCUUGGGACAGAUGUUAUUCUCUCCCUUGGUCGGUUGGUGGGGCAACAAACGCGGGUCCGUCAGAUUGCCACUCUUGAUUACUCUGGCUGUUUUUACUCUGGCUUCCGCAGCCUACAGCGCACUUGAAAUCAUACCUGUCUACAAGAAGAUCGCGAUGCUCAUCGCCAGGUUCUUUGUUGGCGUCAGUUCCGCAAACAUUGCAGUGGCGCGGUCUUACCUUUCAGCAGCUACGAAAUUAUCUGAGAGAACUCAUGCCGUUUCUAUGGUGUCUCUCGCUCAAGUGCUGGGAUUUGUCGUUGGUCCCGGCCUGCAGGCUGCGGUAACACCAUUAGGCGACAAAGGAUUUUACCUUUUUGGUCUUCCUUUCAAUAUGUACACAAUGGCCGGUUGGAUCAACGUUCUGAUGGGCGUUUUCAACUUCGUCCUCUUUCUUCCGUGGAAUUUUAAGGAGCACCGAAUCGCAACUCGGGAAGCUAUGCAGACUCAGGGGAAAACAUCAGAGGAAGAAACUUGGAAGGCGAUGAAGCCAGAUUACAUUGCCUCUUGGACUUUGAUUUGCGCGUUCUUUGUAUUGGUCUUCAAUUUUGUCCUCCUUGAAACACUUGGAACUUCGCUGACGAUGGAUCAAUUUGCUUGGUCAAAGACUGAUGCCUUGUACUACAUGGGUCUUUUAAUGAGCGUCGGUGCCGUAGUAGCCUGCAUCACUUUCGUCUUAAUUGGUCCGCUGUGUAAAAGAUUUUCCGAGAGGAAGAUCAUGCUCUGGGGUGGUUUCUUUUUAAUGAUCGUCGGAAGAAUACUGUGCAUUCCAUGGGGUCCGAAUCCUCCGGUGAUCGCCGAGUACGGUCCUUUCGGCAACGAGACAAAAGAUGCCAACGGAACAGACAUCCUCGGCUGUCCAAGCACCCAGGAAUGGUGUCGGUAUACGCCUCAAAUGACCGUGACACAGUUUCUCCUCGGCUACGGAUUGACGACCAUCGGAUAUCCAUUGGGCGUGACACUGAUCCAGACGAUAUUUAGUAAAAUACUUGGUCCCCGUCCUCAGGGAGUCUGGAUGGGCCUCAUGACAGGAGCCGGGUGUGCAUCUCGUGUGAUGGGUCCAGUGUUCGUGGGACUUAUUUACACGCGGUAUGGGACUUACCAAACUUUCGGGGUUACCGGUAUGACGCUGGUGGUAGCUAUGAUUUCGAUUCAAAUUGUGAACAAGCGUUUAAUACCACCCGAUGCUGCUGAUGCAACUUUAAGAGGCGUUGGUGAAAUCGUCGAUGGCAAAAAAGAGUUCGAGCUUCCCCUCGUCUAUCAGCCCUUGAAUACAGAUCGAAAAGAAGGGGAGGCACAAGGUCUGAAUGGAACGUCGUGAUUAAAGUCUAUAUGUCGGACAGCGUUAUGUACAUACAUUCGUAAUAUUGUAGCAGCAAUGACUGCUGCGUUGACUCCGGUUACCCGUUAAUCGAAUUUUACCGUAAAAUUUCAAAUAAAACGGAGGCCACAGUGUCAUUUGUUUGUUUGGGCUUUGACGGCCACUGCAUUGGCACGAGCUCAGGUCAAUAUACAAAUACAUAGGUAUAUCAAAAUAUUUUACUGCUAAUGUACAGUGAUAGAUGUAUGGAUUGUUGAAUAUGUUUUGUGUACUCUAAACUUUAUACAUAUUAAAUUGAUAUAUAUAUUUGUUGGGUUAAAGACUGUGUAACGAUGACUUUGUUAAGACUACUCAUAUGUGUACCGCGACGAACUUUGUUUGUACCCCAUUUAUACAAUAUUAUAAUGCAUAAUAGUGGGUAGCGUAUGUUGUGUAUAUUAAUCAUAUAAGAGUUCCGAACUUCUGUUACAACAUAAAACCUUACUAUGAAA